AUGUCGAAUGGAUGCUCUUCGGCAGAGAAGAGUUUCCGCUAUCUCCUGUCGUGCUUCAGGACCAGGGUGAAAAUGUACAUCCAGGUGGAGCCGGUGCUGGACUACCUGACCUUCCUGCCCGCAGAAACCAAGGAGCAAAUUCUUAGGAAGGCCGCCACCUGCGGGGACAUAAGCGCGGCGGAACUGCUGCUGAGCACCCUGGAGAAGGGGGCGUGGCAGCCCGGCUGGGCUCGGAUGUUCGUGGAGGCCCUGGAGCAAAGCGGCAGCCCCCUGGCCGCGCGCUACGUCAACCCCACGCUCACCGAUCUGCCCUCCCCCUCCUCUGAGGCCGCGCUCGAUGAGUGUCUCCAACUGCUGAACCUCCUUCAGCCCACUCUGGUGGAAAAGCUCCUCCUUAGAGAUGUUCUGGAUACUUGCGUGGAGAAGGAACUGUUGACAGCUGAGGACAGAAAUCGGAUUUCUGCUGCAGAAAAUAAAGGGAAUGAGUCAGGUGUAAGAGAACUGCUACGGAGAAUUGUGCAGAAAGAAGACUGGUUUUCCAAAUUUCUGAAUGUUCUUCACCGAACUGGAAAUGAUGCACUCUUCCAAGAACUAACAGGUUUCACUUGCUCAAGAAACAAUGCAGAUUUUGAGAAUUUAUCACACAAAGAUGGCCCUGAAGCUACCGAGUCACUUUUGUCCACGGCAGAUGAGAAAGAGGCCUGGGGUACCCAGAGCAAUUCAACAGAGACCUCUUUUGCAGGUUCUUCUAUGGCUUCAGAAUCAGACACAAGUUUGGCAGAAGGAAGUGUCAGCUGCUUAGAUGAAAGUCUUGGACAUAACAGCAACAUGGGCAGUGAUUCAGGCACCAUGGGAAGUGAUUCAGAUGAGAGAAAGGGGAUGGAAAGAGCAUCCCUAGAGCCAGAACUGCAGCUCAGGCCUUACCAAAUGGAAGUGGCCCAACCAGCCUUGGAGGGGAAGAAUAUCAUCAUCUGCCUUCCCACAGGGAGCGGGAAAACCAGAGUGGCUGUUUAUAUCACCAAGGAUCACUUGGACAAGAAAAGAGAAGCAUCUGAGCCUGGGAAAGUUAUUGUCCUUGUCAAUAAGGUAAUAUUAGCUGAACAGCUCUUCCGAAAAGAGUUCAACCCGUUUUUGAAGAAAUGGUAUCAUAUUAUCGGAUUAAGUGGUGAUACUCAGCUGAAAAUAUCUUUUCCAGAAGUUGUCAAAUCUUAUGAUGUGAUUAUCAGUACAGCUCAAAUCCUUGAAAACUCACUCUUAAAUCUGGAAAAUGGAGAAGAUGAUGGUGUUCAGUUGUCAGACUUUUCCCUCAUUAUCAUUGAUGAAUGUCAUCACACUAACAAAGAAGCAGUUUAUAACAACAUUAUGAGGCGGUAUUUGAAGCAGAAGUUAAAAAACAAUACCCUCAAGAAGGAAAACAAACCAAUAAUUCGCCUGCCACAGAUACUAGGACUGACAGCUUCACCAGGAGUGGGAGGGGCCAAAAAGCAAUCAGAAGCUGAAAAACACAUUUUAAAUAUUUGUGCCAACCUUGAUGCAUUUACCAUUAAAACAGUGAAAGUGAACCUUGAUCAACUUAAACACCAAAUAAAGGAACCAUGCAAGAAGUUUGUUAUUGCUGAUGACACCAGAGAAGACCCAUUCAAAGAGAAACUUCUAGAAAUAAUGACAAGCAUUCAAACUUACUGCCAAAUGAGUUCGAUAUCAGACUUUGGAACUCAGCAUUAUGAGCAAUUGGUUAUUCAAAUGGAAAAAAAAGCUGCUAAGGAAGGAAAUCGUAAAGAUCGUGUAUGUGCAGAGCAUUUGAGAAAGUACAAUGAAGCCCUACAAAUCAAUGACACCAUCCGAAUGAUUGAUGCGUAUAACCACCUGGAAACUUUCUACAGUGAUGAGAAAGAAAAGAAGUUUGCAGUCCUGGAAGACAGCGAUGAGAGUGGUGAUGAUGGUGACUGUCAUGGUGAUGAACUUGAGGACAAUGCAAAGAAACCCUUGAAACUGGACGAAACAGAUGAAUUUCUCAUAAAUUUAUUCUUUGAAAACAAUAAAAUGUUGAAAAAGCUAGCUGAAAACCCAAAAUAUGAAAAUGAAAAACUCACCAAAUUAAGAAACACUAUAUUGGAACAAUUCACAAGGACAGAGGAGUCAUCACGAGGAAUAAUUUUCACAAAAACACGGCAGAGCACCUAUGCCCUUUCCCAGUGGAUUACGGAAAAUGAAAAGUUUGCGGAAGUUGGCGUCAAAGCCCAUUACCUGAUUGGAGCUGGACAUAGCAGUGAGGUCAAGCCCAUGACUCAGAAUGAACAAAAAGAAGUCAUUAGUAAAUUUCGCACUGGAAAAAUAAAUCUGCUUAUCGCUACCACAGUGGCAGAAGAAGGUCUGGAUAUCAAGGAAUGCAAUAUUGUUAUCCGUUAUGGUCUUGUCACUAAUGAAAUAGCCAUGGUCCAGGCCCGAGGUCGAGCCAGAGCUGAUGAGAGCACCUAUGUCUUGGUAACUAGCAGUGGCUCCGGAGUUACUGAACGUGAGAUAGUUAAUGAUUACCGAGAGAAGAUGAUGUAUAAAGCCAUAAAUCGUGUCCAAAAUAUGAAGCCAGAGGAGUAUGCUCAAGAGAUUUUGAAAUUACAGGUGCAAAGUAUACUGGAAAAGAAAAUGAAAAUCAAGAGAAGUAUUGCAAAGCAUUGCAAGGACAAUCCAGCGUCAAUAACUUUUCUUUGCAAAAACUGUAGUAUGCUAGCCUGCUCAGGAAACGAUAUCCAUGUCAUUGAGAAGAUGCAUCAUGUCAACAUGACAUCAGAAUUCAAGAGACUCUACAUUGUGAGAGAAAACAAAGCACUGCUAAAGAAAUUUGCUGAUUAUAAAACAAAUGGAGAGAUUAUCUGCAAAUGUGGCCAAGCUUGGGGAACAAUGAUGGUGCACAAAGGCUUAGAUUUGCCUUGCCUUAAAAUAAGGAAUUUUGUAGUGGUUUCAAAAAACAAUUCAUCCAAGAAACAAUACAAGAAGUGGGUAGAAUUACCUAUCAGAUUUCCUGACCUUGAUUGCUCAGACUAUUGCUUAUCUAGUGAUGAAGACUAACAUUUGGUUCAUGAUUCGUGAUUAUUUUCAAGUGUUAUGAAUUUCACAUUUAAUUUUAUUUUGAUCGAUGUGUUGAUGUGUUUAUUAUACCCCUAAACUAAUAGUACAAUAAAUAAAUGAUUGCUUUAU